UUUCAUUGAAUUAUGAGUAUAAAUUGAUACAAGUAGAAGUUGUGAUAUAAAGAAGCGGGUGGUGCGCGCUUUGAAUUGAGUGAGUGAAGAAGAGAGUAAAAAUUGGAAGGAAAUGGAAGAGCCACUGUUGGAAGGAGGCGAAGCUCUCAGGUCAAACUUCUUCUCUAAACUGCCUGAGAAGCUCCGAGGAGGCCUUCACCCUCAAACCCCCUUUCAUCUCGAUCUCUCCGGCUUAUUCCAAGGGGAGAAAGAAUACUACGAAAAACAAAUUGCGACUUUGAAGUCCUUUGAAGAAGUUGAUUCCCUGCACUGCUCUCAUUAUAACGAAGAAGAGGCGGAGAGAUCAGAAGAGGGUCAGCAUGAAAGGGCCAUGAACAUCUCCAAUUCCGCAAACAUCUUUUUGCUUGCUUUGAAGGUUUAUGCCACCGUGCAGAGCGGAUCCCUAGCAAUCGCAGCGUCCACACUGGAUUCUUUGCUCGAUUUGAUGGCAGGUGGCAUCCUGUGGUUCACACACGUGUCAAUGAAGAAUAUUAACAUUUACAAGUACCCUAUUGGAAAGUUGAGAGUCCAACCGGUGGGCAUUAUCAUCUUUGCCGCAGUCAUGGCUACUCUAGGAUUUCAAGUGCUGGUGGAAGCAGUGCAACAACUGAUUAAAAACGAGGCACCAGAUAAAAUGAGUUCACACCAAUUGUUUUGGCUGUAUACUAUCAUGCUAGCCGCUACUGUCAUAAAACUUGUGCUGUGGCUUUAUUGCAGAAGCUCUACAAACAAGAUUGUGCGAGCAUAUGCUAAGGACCAUUACUUUGACGUGGUAACAAAUGUUGUUGGGUUGGUAGCUGCCAUACUUGGUGAUAGAUUCUAUUGGUGGAUUGAUCCCGCCGGAGCAAUAGCCCUUGCUGUCUAUACAAUUACCAAUUGGUCAGCCACAGUCCUGGAAAAUGCAGUUUCACUAGUUGGACAGUCAGCUUCACCAGAGGUUCUGCAGAAGCUAACAUAUAUGGUCUUGAGGCACGACCCCAGAAUAAAACGAGUUGACACCGUUCGAGCGUACACAUUUGGUGCUCUCUACUUCGUUGAGGUGGACAUAGAGCUUCCUGAAGAGUUGCCGCUCAUUGAAGCGCACGCGAUAGGAGAGUCGUUGCAAAUAAAAAUUGAAGAGUUACCAGAAGUGGAGCGCGCAUUUGUUCAUCUGGAUUAUGAGUGUGACCACAAGCCAGAACACUCAGUUCUGAGUAAAAUCCCCGACAAUAAUCCUUAGGAUCGUGUGUGUAUCAUGCUAUGUAUGCAUAUGAAUGAUAGUCCAAGAGAACGCCCACAAGACUGACACAACACCUAUCAUUUAUUGGAAGUUGAAAAAAAUAGGAGUACUUUUAAGGGAAAACUAUUAAUUUGGUCAUCGUAUUUUCAUGAAAAAAUCAAUUAGGUACUCAUACUUUAAAAAAAAAAUCUAUCAAAUCCCUGAACUAUGUAAAAACGUUCAAUUGAGUCCAAUUGUAAGUUACUUGCCAUAUCAGCAGGUCAUUCGAUGACGUGGCACACAUGUGGCAGCCAAUCGGCAAUAUUUUGCUGAUGUGGCACACAUGUGGAAGUCCAGUCAGUCAAUUGCUGAUGAUGUGCCACACAUGUGGACCUCCAUGUGUACGCCACGUCAGCGGGUGACCUGCUGACAUGGCAAAUAAUCUGCAAAUGUACUCAAUUGAACAUUUUUAUAAAGUUUAGGGAUUUGAUUGAUUUUUUUAAAAAUAAGAAGACUUAAUUGACUUUUUCAUGAAAGUACGACGACCAAAUCGAGGGGUUUCCCUACUUGUAAAGAUGAUCAUUUUAUAUUAAUUCUUAGUAUCGAGAUGGUUAUCCAUAUUGAACUUGGGAAUUGUUCAAUUGAUUUAUUAUAUUUUCAUAUAAGAUCGUUUCGAAUGAGAUCAAACUU